AAUUGAUUGUGAUUGCAAACUCGUGAUCGCUCAACUUCUUCAACUUCAACCUCUAUCGAUACAUCUUCAAACUUUCAUCUCUUCACUAAACAAUAAACAAAUAAACUCUUUCAUGCUCGCCACGGACCCCACCGUCGUGCUUCGAAUACCCGUUCGCAACCCGACCCGCUCACUCUUCACCUCCACCACCACUUGCUGCUUCGAUUCACGAGGAACUCGAUCGAGACCCAGAUUCUCCGUGGGUCCCACUCUUUCUCUCAAUUCUAUCAAAAUGCAACUGCUCCGCCGAACCGGUUGCUUCAAUAGCCCCCGCCUCAAGGUUGAGGCCGAAAUCGGCGGUGAAGACUUGUUCAACGCUGCUGCCACGGAUAAACGAACUCCGAAUCACCUUGUUAUUAUGGUUAAUGGUAUAACUGGAAGUGCUUCUGAUUGGAGAUAUGCUGCAGAGCAGUUUGUGAAGAGGCUUCCAGAUAAAGUUAUUGUGCACCGCAGUGAAUGCAAUUCUUCAAGAUUGACAUUUGAUGGUGUUGACACAAUGGGUGAGAGGCUAGCUGAAGAGGUAUUAUCGGUUGCUAGACGAUGGCCAGAGGUGCAGAAGAUAUCCUUUGUCGCACAUUCUUUAGGAGGCUUGGUGGCAAGAUAUGCAAUUGGGAGACUUUAUGAUAAUUCUUCAAAAUUGGAACAUGUUGGUACCACCAGAAAUUGUUUCAAUGAAGAGAAGACAGACUAUUCAACGCAAUGCCUUAAACAAAGUUAUGAAGCCAAAAUUGCUGGUUUAGAAGCAAUGAACUUUAUAACAUUUGCAACACCUCAUCUUGGUUCAAGAGGAAAUAAACAGCUACCCUUACUUUGCGGUCUUCCUUUCCUUGAGAGAAGAGCAUCCCAAACUGCACACUUAGUUGCCGGGAGAUCUGGGAAGCAUCUCUUCCUCAUGGACAAUGAUGGUGGAAAACCUCCUUUGCUCCUGCGGAUGGUUGAUGACUCAGACGAUUUAAAAUUUAUGUCAGCUUUACAUGCAUUCAAGCGUCGGGUGGCAUAUGCAAAUGCGAAUUAUGAUCAGAUGGUUGGAUGGCGUACCUCAUCGAUCCGGCGUCAACACGAACUUCCAAAGUCCAAUCUUAUUGUAAAUGAUGAAAAAUACCCACACAUUGUUUAUGUUGAAGGAGAUAACACCAACGGCAUUUAUAAUACAGAGUCUUCAAAUGUUGGAGGCCAAACAGCUGACUUAGAAGAGAAGAUGAUAAGGGGUCUCACUAAGGUAUCUUGGGAGCGUGUGGAUGUUAGCUUUCAUACAAGUAAACAGCGAUACGUUGCUCACAGUACAAUUCAGGUGAAAACGUACUGGCUGAAUUCAGAUGGUGCUGAUGUGGUUUACCAUAUGAUAGACAACUUCCAUCUUUGAGGUCAACAAAUCAAUGUUGGUUGUAUGUUUUGCAUCAUCACGGAUGAAGAGUUGCACAUUUUAUUGUAGCAUCAUGGUCUGUUAGAUUUAUAUAUUUGAAUGCCUUUCUAUGUAUAUGAGACCUACUAUUUAGUGAUUUCUUCAUAAAUUAUUAAUUUUAUUAAAAAAGCUGAUAUAUUUUAUUGUGUAUAUUUAUAUUUUUGUAUGCUGUACACCAUUGUGAUUUAUUUUCAAACAACUCCUAUAGCAUGCUUGGAUUUGGUGACUUCAA